GUUUGAUGGGUAGUCAGGUCAAGAGGUGUUGGUGCAGGAGCAGCUGGAAUUUAUGGAGCCAUGGGAGCCAAGACUGUUGCACCUAAGCUUAAUAUUCUUGUUAUAGAGAAGGGGAAGCCUCUAUCAAAGGUGAAAGUUUCUGGGGGAGGCAGGUGCAAGUAUUUCUCAUUGCUUUUAUAUACAUUCUCAAAAGUGUAUUGCACUUAAACCAAAAUCUUGCAAAUUUUGGUUGACCCCAUGUUAGUCACACGUUGGGGACUUAAUGGGCCGGUAAUUCUUCGGCUAUCUGCUUGGGGUGCCCGUGAUCUAUUUAGUUCAGGUUACAAAGGAAUACUUAUAGUGGAUUUUAUACCUGAUUUACAUAUAGAAGAUAUGAAGUCAAUUCUUAGUAAACACAAGAAACAGUUUGUGAAGCAAAAUGUGAUCAAUUCAUGUCCUUCAGAAUUCAGCCUUGUGAAAAGAUUCUGGAAAUAUAUAUUGGACCGUGAGGGUUUAUGUGGAAAUACCUUGUGGGCUUCCAUUUCAAACAACUCUUUAAUUUCCAUCGCUCAUCUUCUAAAGCAUUGUACAUUUGAAAUGACUGGGAAGGGUCAAUUCAAGGAUGAGUUCGUCACUGCUGGUGGUGUUCCAUUGUCUGAGGUUUCUUUGAACACAAUGGAAAGCAAAAUACGUUCACAUUUAUUCUUCGCCAGAGAGGUACUAAAUGUCGGCGGUUUUGUAUUUCCAGAAUGCUUGGUCUAGAGGAUACAUCGCGGGAACAAGUAUAGGUAAACUAGCAAGUAAUGCUACUCUUAAUUAAGAGUAGACAAUAGACUUAAUGCGAGUAAUAUUCAAUCUCAAAACCCUCUUGUAGAGCGAUAAAUUUAAAAAAAAAUGCUCUUGGUUUCUCGUAUGUCGGGCUAGUUCUCUUUUCUAUCUAUUGAGGGUAACGUUAUCCUCUUGACAUA